GAGCUCCCAAGUUCACUGGUGAGCAGCGCGUGAAGGAGCGACAAGGUGCGGAGUUGAGCCCAGGCUCCGCUCGAACUGGGCGCGAGCGGCGAGGGAGGGGGCGGGCGCGCAGGUCCCGCCUCCCCUGGCCGCGUGCACACACACGCCCACCGCGGCUGGGCUGGCGGAGCGCGGGCGAGUGUGAGCGCGGGCGAGUGUGAGCGCGAGUGUGCGCACGCCGCGGGAGCCACUCUGCCCUCUCCUCGCACCCUGCACAGGGCAUCUCGAGAGCCUGGAAACGUGAACAGGCUUAAAGUAUGGCAUGUUGCGAAGAUGGUUUCUGUCCAGAAGGUACCCGCGAUCGCGCUGUGCUCCGGGAUCAGCCUUGCCCUCCUGCACUUCCUGUGCCUGGCUGCUUGUUUAAACGAAUCCCCAGGACAGAACUCAAAGGACGAGAAAUUGUGCCCGGAAAAUUUUACCCGUAUCCUGGACAGUUUGCUGGAUGGUUAUGACAACAGGCUGCGUCCUGGAUUUGGGGGUCCUGUUACAGAAGUGAAAACUGACAUAUAUGUCACCAGCUUUGGACCCGUUUCUGAUGUUGAAAUGGAAUAUACAAUGGAUGUGUUCUUCAGACAGACGUGGAUUGACAAAAGACUAAAAUAUGAUGGUCCCAUUGAAAUUUUGAGGUUGAACAAUAUGAUGGUCACCAAAGUUUGGACCCCUGAUACUUUCUUCAGGAAUGGAAAAAAAUCUGUCUCGCACAACAUGACAGCUCCAAAUAAACUUUUUAGAAUUAUGAGAAAUGGCACUAUUUUAUACACAAUGAGACUCACCAUAAGUGCGGAGUGUCCCAUGAGACUGGUGGAUUUUCCUAUGGAUGGUCAUGCCUGCCCUUUGAAAUUUGGGAGUUACGCGUAUCCCAAGAGUGAGAUGAUCUAUACCUGGACCAAAGGCCCUGAGAAAUCAGUGGAGGUGCCAAAGGAGUCUUCUAGCUUAGUUCAAUAUGACCUAAUUGGGCAGACUGUAUCAAGUGAAACUAUCAAAUCUAUCACAGGUGAAUACAUUGUUAUGACAGUUUACUUCCACCUCAGACGGAAGAUGGGCUAUUUUAUGAUUCAGACGUAUAUCCCAUGUAUUAUGACAGUGAUCCUUUCUCAAGUUUCUUUCUGGAUAAAUAAGGAGUCUGUUCCAGCUAGAACUGUGUUUGGGAUAACCACAGUCCUCACGAUGACCACCCUAAGCAUCAGUGCCCGACAUUCGUUGCCCAAAGUAUCCUAUGCGACUGCCAUGGAUUGGUUCAUAGCUGUCUGCUUUGCUUUUGUGUUUUCGGCUCUUAUUGAGUUUGCUGCUGUCAACUAUUUCACCAACAUUCAAAUGCAGAAAGCCAAAAAGAAAACAUCGAAGCCUCCUCCAGAAAUUCCACCUGCCCCAGUGUUGAGAGAAAAUCACCCAGAAACGUCUCUCCAGAAUAUACAUGGCAAUUUGAACAUGAGGAAAAGAACAAAUGCCUUGGUCCACUCAGAAACUGAUAGCAACAGCAGAACUGAGGUGGGAAACCAUUCCAGCAAGACCACCACAGUCCACGAGCCUUCUGAAGCCAUCCCUAAGGAGUACUUAGCUUCCAGUCCAAACCCAUUCAGCAGAGCAAAUGCGGCUGAGACGAUUUCUGCAGCCAAAGGUCUUUCCUCUGCGCCCUCCCCCAGCCCUUGUGGCACAUCAAGACCGGCUUCUUUGGGGUCAACUUCUACUCGCCCUGCGUUUGGGUCCAGACUUGGGCGAAUUAAGACCACAGUUAACACAACAGGGACCGCUGGAACUGGGUCGGCCACACCUCCUCCCCCUGCUCCACCACCUUCCGGAUCUGGCACGAGUAAAAUAGACAAAUAUGCUCGUAUUCUCUUCCCAGUGACAUUUGGGGCAUUUAACAUGGUCUACUGGGUUGUUUAUUUAUCUAAGGACACCAUGGAGAAAUCAGAAAGUCUAAUGUAAUUUUGUUGCUAUAGUAAUUUCAUAAAAGAUGAUGGAAAUCCAGACUGUCUUUUUAAACGUUUUUAAAGAUAAGUAUUCUUUACCAAAAUAAAAAUUCUAUGUCAUUUUUUGAAAAUAAAAAUAUAAACAGGUAGAUAUCAAGAGAGUUAAUUCCUCAGUGGACAGAAAGUGAACCAUGUUUCUUACAGAAAGAUGAUUUUAAAAGAAUCUAUUCAGUGUUCAAAUUGGAUGGAAUACAGACUAUUAUGGAAAGUUGGAACAAGAGAAAUAGGGCCAGAAGAGAUAUGUGAUGCAUAUUUUUGCAUUGAAAUUUGAAAGAAAAAAAAAGACUGUGAUAUUUUUAAAUACACCCCAUGAAGUCAACCAGUCACAGAAAAUUUCCCAUUGGCACUGCCCUUCACCAGAAUUGUGUCCUGGAAGUCCUUUGCAAGAAAAACGUUUCUCUCCUAAGCAGAACACCGGGAAGAGGAAAAUAGAACCAAACACUGAUCAAUACAGUGAAGCCUCGGCGUCAUCAAUAAUAGACACCGACUAGGGCAAAUGCGCUUUCUGGCACAUAUUGGUCCAAAAAAAAAAAAAUACUUAACAGUUGACUUGAAAUGUUGUGCUCUGAGCCAAAGUUAAAUUCAUUGUAUAAAUUCUUUUUCAUAGUAACUCAUUCAGUUAUGUACUGUAUACAUUUACUACAUAGUUCCUCAGAGCCUGGAGCGUGUGUGUUCUAGGCGGCUUAGAGACAGUUUUCUAGGGAGGUUCUUUCACCUUUACAGAGUUACUUCAUAGUAGGACAGUCAGUGCAUGUUAAAGAACUGUAAUUUAACCUAGCACCUUGUGUUCUUUAAUGAAGGCAAUUUAGUUAGACUGACAACAUAGCCAAUAGAUUUGUUUCUCCUGCACUGACAGAGGAAAUCAAAUACAUUUGUUCCUAUAGCCACUUUGAGAUAAGUACAUGUUAGUACAAUCUUGAUGAUUGGGUCUCAAACUAUAAUGAAAUAAUGAUAGAGAUUGUUCUAUAGGUGAAAAAGCAUCAUAUACAUGAAACAAAAAUCAUCUAGGCACUGGAAAACCUAACCGAUUACCUGUGUCAAAUUUGAUUCAGGUUACAUAACACAGUUUUCCCACUGGACCAGAAUCAUCCAAAUCAAAAGUCCACACAGGGCGUUUGUAUGCUUAUCCCAGUAGAGAGCAAUAUUUGCUGCCAAAAUGCUAACGUUUUUGCAAGCUUUUGUGCUCAUAAUGUCUGUAUGUCUGGCAUGUUUUGUAUUUGUUUUCUGGGAGUUUGAUAAGGUUUUAUAACCAAGGAACUUUAAAAAUUAAAGGAGCAGUUAGAGAAAAGAAGAAAUAAAAGUAUCCUAGUCUAGGAUGGGGUGUCAGUGACUGUGAGACAGUGUAUCUGGUUUUCCAAGGACUGACUUUGCCUUUUCAUUCUGUAGACCCAAUAGCCUAAUUGAAUCUCUUGCAGCUUCCGAAAUAGCUCAGUCCUGGUUGGUCUUCAUAAUGUUUUACUUCCUGAUUUUUCCCCCUGUAUUUCUACUUGUUAUUGGUAUGUGUAAAGGCAUAUGUUCUGGGUUGAGGGGGGCAAUAUUUGAUAGAAAUGAACAUCUUAUAGGCAGAACUUCUUGUUUUCUAGGAAAAAUUAUACUGAUUAAUAUGAACUUUUGAGUUACUACCUUGCUUUGUAAUGGCUGCCCAUGAAACUUAUAAAAUUUGAAAGCGUCAAAUUUUAAUUGAUCUCCAUCUGAGAAUUCCUUCUUUUUUAUUUCUAACUAUUUUAUAAAAUUAAAACACUUUAAGGUUAUAAAUGUGGAAGAAAUCCUCACUUAUAAAUUGAUUCCAGCAAAAUAAGGCCCAGGAACAUCUGUAAAUAUGUUUAUACAUUUAAUAAAGAGUAAUUGUACAUAAAAGCUUAUACUAAAAUUAUUUAAUGAAUGUGAAAUACUUUUGGCUUUUAGGCCAGUGCUUCGACCUAUGAUGGGGGAAACAUCAUCACUUUUUAUACCAAAUGUGAAGAUCUAUUGCUUUGGAGAUAAACACUCUUUCUAUUUUUUCUUUUGUUUUUGUUUGUUUGUUUUGUUUUCCCUAUUGUCCUUUUUUAAAAAAAUAUAUUUGCUCCUUCUAAACUUUAAAUGCUUUAUUGGCCUUUUUAAAAUAUACUUUUUAAAAAAUGUUGUAGAUUUUAAAAGGAUUGAAAAAUAACUGACUCACUCUGGCUUGAUAGUUCAAACCUGUGACCCCAGUUUUGGGGAGGUUGAUGCAGAGAAAUGUCCUAAGUUAAGAGUGAGUUAUAGGACAUUCUGGGAAAGAGUGUAACACAGUUUUCAAACAGAAAAACGCCCAGGUGAAGAAACAACAAUAAUUUUAAAAACAAAAUGAAAGCGAAUACCCCUGCAGUGGGGGCAGGGAAUAAAAACAGGUUUUCGUAUGCUCCUGAGGGAAUCCUUCAAGUUGCUGUGUAGACCAGGCUAAUCUCAAACCUGAGUUUCAUUUUUCUGUUGCCCAGACAAUUGAUGUGUAUGUGUGUAGCCCCGUCACCAGAAAGGACUAAACAAUUCAAAGAGUCACCAUUGCUCAUUUCAAGACUAAAUUGAUCAAAAUAUUUUUUUUGCUAGUAUACAGACUCUCAGUUGCAUACAGCGUUCUUAAUAAUUACAAUACAUGCUUUGUUUCAUUGCGACUCUUCCUUAUCUUUCUUUUGGUCAUCACUUAUGUCUUCCGCAUCACUCGGAGGAACACUGGAUAUUCUUGUUCAGGUCUAAUCACUUUUCACCAUUAUGCAUAAGAAUCACCAUGGGAUCCAAAAGUCCUCGCCAGUGGAACAAGCAACAAACAAGUACCACCUUCUAUCUGAUAAUGUAGGCUUUUGGGUAACUUCUUUAAAGUUUAAAUUCAGAAUUCUUUUAUAGUUUACUGUUGAAUAUGUUACUUUCACUUUCCCAACUCUAAGUUGGCUGGUUACAGCUGUGUAAUCACCUCUAAUUUCCCCCAGCCAUUACAAGUUAUAAAAUACAUUUGUAUAACUAAUCCAUGGUGAACAAAAUGAUUUGCCUUUGUGCAUAGACCUAGUACUUUCUGUAAUAAACACUUCAAACUGAGCCUCACAAAUCUUAAAGGACAGUACAACAUCACUCUCCUUCAUAUUAGAGAUGAGUCACAAAUCAGCUAACGAUGAAGAUAAAUGCAGUAGGCUGGAAUGGACUUCUGAAAGGUCAUUUUUCAAUCACUCACCUUACCAGGGACCUUAUUUCAAGUCAUCCAUAAAAAUGUGUGUAUUUUAUUUUAUCUUAAGCCAGAAAAUUGUUUCAGCUCCAGGAAAGGGGAUGGAAAGGCUCUCCAUUCACCAGUACCUGAAGUCAACUGGUCUGAUCUUCUAGACUCGAUAAACUUCAGUAGGAAAGAGAAAAAAGGAUCAUCUUGGUUUUAUGUUUUGACCACAUUGUUGUUUAAAAUGAGUCCUGUAACUACCCCUGUGUUAAAAACAUGGAGUUAAAUAAAAAAUGGUUUGCUUAAAUUUCAAUAUUAUGUGAAUGUCAUUAUAAAUAUAAACAUAUACUUACAAUAGAUACAUGAUAUAGUUUAAGUCACAAAAACAUUUUUGUCAUUAUUUAGAAAGUAUACAUUAUUACUUCAAGCUGUGGUUUAUUUCCAAGUAAGAGUCCUUGUCAAUAAAACAAGGCAAAACAAAACUCUCUUUCUCAUGUAUUAGGUAUUUUCUUCCCCCUGAAGGACUAUGCCAUUUAAAGAUGAAAGAAUAUUGAUAUUUUUUUGUCUUUUUUAAAAAUCAUUGCUCAGUGAGCUCCUACUCACUGGCCUUUCCUUGAAGGAGCUCAUAGUGUACCACUGACGGCACAGGUAGAUUAGACGCUACUAAGGAUAACAUUGACUAUAGAGCAGGACCAAAAUCAGGACUAUCAAAGGUGCAAUCAUGAAGGUAAGUAUUAGAAGUAAGUGUCUUAAAACUAAAAAUCCAUGCAGAAAUUGAUGGUGAACCAAAUACACCGUAUCAGUAAAUUAACUCAUGCUAGUAAUGUUCCAUUUUUGUCCAGCUUCAGCUUUUCCAGCCAUGGUGCUAAUGUAGAUGGUAGGGAAAGGACUCUUGUAACUGUGAUUUUGGCGAUGAAGGUUUUGACAGAUCAAACUUCACAGAGAUGACCAUGAACUGAAACUAAUGAUCUGCAGUUCUUCUAGCCCAACCCACCCAACCAACACUCACAUUUGAAAGUAUAUUUGCCUUUUAUCAUUACGGGAACAUGAAGGAUUUGAAAUCUAGAAAGAGUUGGAGCUAGGGAAGUAUAAGUUGUGGGUAGUUGCAGGAGGUGGUAGAGAUAGAUAAAGGAAAACUUUGUGGAAAUUGCUGAAAAAAUGAGUUUUACUCAGAUUAGUGGUGAUGGGUUUUAAAUCUUACAGGAUAGUAAGGAAAGACUAAGACACUCUGCUCCUGCUUGAAGGAAACCCACUGACUGCUGUUGGAACUGUGGCCUGGAGAAGAACCCAGAGGCACUGAGCAGCUGAGUCUUUAUCUGUACUUUUCCAAUUAAUCUUUGACUUCCAUUCCUUUUGUAAUUCCCUUGGUUUUACUAUCAUUUGGUAUGAAAUCCUUCCAAAAUGGGAUUUACAUUUUAUUGUCAUGAUAAGUAAGACAUAAGAUUUGUAAAGAGGACUAGACUGAUUAAAAGACAACAUUUCACACAUGGGGAGUCAGUUAUGCAAUUAUCAAAUAAGAAAAAGUGAAAUUGAUCUUUUUCUCCUACUGCACUGGAGAAGGAACUGAAGUUUCACCAUAUGAUAGGCAAGCAUAUUAUCAUUUCAUCAUUUCAUUAUUCAGGGUGGCCUUGACACAUCUCUGAGAUGUUAGGCAAGCCUCACACUUCAGUUCUGUUUCAGCUUCCUGUUGAUUUUUUUUUUCUGUUUAUGUGUGGAGGAUUUUUUUUUUUGAGGUAUAGUGUCUCUGCAUAAGGGAUUUUUUUGAAAUUGUGAUCUCCUGACUUAGUCUUUUAAGAACUUG